CGGUUUGUUUUGCCCAUUGCUGAUAGUAGCCUGGGGGAAAAAUGGAGCAUCGGUUGCUGCUGUUCCUGGUUCCUCUACUCUCUGCUUGCACGGGUCUUCAUGCCAACGACCGUCCAGUCAUAGGAAUUCUGUCACAGGAGCUGUCGGUGUACAUGCAGGAGAAGUUUCCAGGGAAUUACACGAGUUACGUCCCUGCAUCAUACGUCAAAUACAUUGAAGCAGCUGGUGCCAGAGUCGUGCCUAUCAAAAUUAAUCGCACUGCAUCUUAUUACGAAAACCUGGUGAACAGCGUCAACGGAAUUUUGUUUCCCGGAGGAGCCGCUAGUUUCACUGCAAUCGGUGGAUAUUCAGCCGCCGCGUGGGAACUGUACCAUCACGCUAUACUAAAAAACCAGGCGGGAGUUUAUUUUCCCGUGUGGGGGACCUGCCUGGGAUUCGAGUUGCUGACCUACCUUGCCGCUCAGCGUGAAGACAUCCGAACAGACUGCGAGGCUGACAACGUGGCCAUGCCGCUUCAGUUCAAGCCAGGUUACAACACCAGUAGGCUGUAUGCAAACGCUUCGGACGCCAUUUUGAAAAUCCUGACGUCAGAGAACGUCACCGCAAACUUCCAUCAUUUCUGCAUCACUGAGGCGAAUCUGACGCAAGCGAAGCUUGACAGUGACUGGCGAGUAACAGCUGUCAACAAAGACACACAGGGUCUGGAGUUCGUAUCCAGCUUCGAACACAAGCAGUACCCGAUAUAUGGCGUGCAGUUCCAUCCGGAGAAGAAUGCUUACGAAUGGAAAAGGACGAAUAACAAUCCCCAUACUGCCAACGCCAUUUUGGUUCAGCAGUACUUCGCAAACUUCUUUGUUAAUGAAGCCCGGAAGAACAGCCAUCAGUUCCCUUCGCCCGAAGAGGAGGACGCAGCGCUGAUCUACAACUACCAGGCAACGUACACUGGGCAGCAUGGCUCCGCGUUUGAACAGUGCUACUUCUUCACAGACUGAUACGCUCUCUUUGUCGUUACAAACAGCUGCCCUUACAACCAUGACAAGACCGAAUUUCAACAUUUCUUGACACAAACACACGAAGUUUUCUAGAAUAUUCAGCUGCUGACGUGAGCUUAUGGGUCGACCCGUUUGGACUACAGAAUCGCCCGACUCUUCCGCCUGAAUAUAUGCUCUAAAGAAGUCACCGAACUUCCUAAUGUAUUCUCUGCUACAGCAAGGAAAUAAACACUAACAAAAUUAAACUGUUUCAAUGCAGGCCGGUCACGGUGGCCGGGAUUAUGGGUUCGAAU